AAGUCCUACUCUUUAGCUGCGCUCACACCCACUUCCCACCGUUUUCUCUUGUGCUGGUCACAAGCCACCUUAUCGCUUCCUUCACACAUCUGAUUGGGAGUACAAUCACCACCGAACCUCUCUUCAAGCAAAUACCAUCAUCCAAUCCAACAUUCGAUUGCUGUCGUCAUCUUUUCUUACCCCUCAUCAUAUGCGAACAUAUUGCACUCGAUGCACACCCACUUGGUAUUCCUUAUUGCCCUGUUUGCGACCACGAUCAUUGUGCACGCACUGCCGCUACCCUUGCCAUCAGGCGUGGAGGAAGGAUGCUCGCAGCAAGCCGGUUUCCCAUGUCCUCCUCCGACGUCAUUCGCCGCCAUGCAAAGCAGGUGGCGCCCAGGACCUUCCGUAGUACGACCUGGCGUACGAGAAGCAGAACUUAAGGCAGAUCUAGCAUGGUCGGAGUAUGGACACGCAGCACUCCAUGUAGAGAUCACCCAAGCGCAGUACGAUGUGGCUGAGGAGGAACAGGAGAGGUUGCAUCAAACCGUGCUUCCGGUGUUAGAACACCAGCUCAAGCAGGCGAAGAUGGAUCUAGCCGAUGCCCACAACAAAGCGAAGGAACUCGAAAAGAAAAACUUGGAGCAUCCGGACAGGAUAAUGGGGCCCAAGCCGCACGAGGAAUGGAAGAUCGCGCAUGUUUUGCACGUAAAGAUCCACGAGCAGCUGACAGCCACACAAAACGACCAUCAUCGCAGGUUGAAGUUUGCGGUGAAAAAAGCAAUCAAAGGUGACCAACUCCCACACCCGGUCAUGCUACAUCGGGCAGUAUACGGCAUACACUCAACAUCCACCCUCGAGACACUUUAAGGCGGAGGGAAGGACUCACCAGCUCGUGAAGCAUUUGGCAGAGCAUGUUGCUCCUACAAACCAAGGCGCUACAACCCACGAUACUACAAACCAAGGUGGUGGGAAGGAAUGAUUUUAGACGAGGCCAACUUGUACAAGGUACGAUGUACAUGUGUGAAUGGAUGGAAGGAUGACAUGAUUAGAAACAAGGAGAGUGGCGGUGAUAGUAUGAAUUGUCAUCAGACGAUCAAUUGAAGAGUCCCCAUGACUUCGAGCUGUCUUACUACGUGGGCCGUGUUCGAGGGCUGGUGGCGGGAGCGUGUGGUUCAUUGGCCGUGGAACGGAGGCGAGAGGCGAAGGAGGGGAGAAGGGGAGAGGGAGGCUCGGAGGGAGAAGAGCAUGAUUGCUGCUAGGCCUGUUGGGGACCGGAGUACGGGAUUACAGUUCUCGGUUCUGAUCCUGCCGGUGCGUGUUCUUCAUGGGGCAGGCAGCAGGGAUGGAAGGAAGGAGAGGUAUCACAGGUUCGUACCAUGGUGCGCAGAAGAUGUCGUAUUUUGUGUGCUACGAACGUACGUUCUGAGGGUGAAGAGCGCCGCAUGUUGGGUGAGCAUGGUCUCUCGUUCGAGUAUUUCAUCUUCCCACGGAAGGAAGUGCACCCAGAGCCCAAGUGCACCCUCGUCCAGCAAGCCCCUGUCUGUGCUAGGCCUCGAGAUCCUCUCUUGACGGAAGAGCUGGAUAUACUCGUCCAUCCGGACCCAUGCGAGUUAGAGCUCCUUAAGUCCGUCGUCUUCCACCAAGAGGGUGAGGGCGUUCUAGGGAUUCUAAGAGGGUGCUGUACAUGCAUGCUAUUGCUCGGUCCUCUGCAUGCAAGUCU